GUGUACGAGUCCGGCCAGCUGCGGUGAUUAACCCGUGAACAAGUGCGAUUAUAUACAAUUUUACAGUGGGGUGUGAGCAACCCCGGUGUUUCAGAGAUUUUUUAAUCAUCAGAAUAGACGCGUGAUUGGGAUAUUAAAAUUAUUUAUAUGAUUUCGUGAUAGAUUCAUUGAUAAAAUGGGCGGAUUGCUGAGUUACUUUCGGAAUCUCCUGGGGAGUCGGGAGAUGAGGAUUCUCAUCCUUGGACUGGACGGUGCUGGCAAGACGACGAUUCUGUACAGACUCCAGGUUGGAGAGGUCGUUACUACGAUACCAACUAUUGGGUUCAAUGUUGAACAAGUCACGUAUAAAAACCUCAAGUUCCAGGUCUGGGAUUUGGGGGGACAGACGAGCAUUAGACCUUACUGGAGAUGUUACUACUCCAAUACAGACGCUAUUAUUUACGUUGUGGAUUCAGCAGACAGGGAUAGAAUAGGGAUAUCCAAGGAUGAGUUACUCUACAUGCUCAGGGAGGAUGAACUCCAGGGAGCGAUUCUAGUCGUCCUGGCUAACAAACAAGACAUGCCAGGAUGCUUAAGUGUAGCUGAAGUUCACCAGGCACUUGGUCUAGAUGCUCUGAAGAACAGAACAUUCCAGAUCUUCAAAACAUCAGCGAAAAAGGGAGAGGGGCUCGAUCAGGCAAUGGACUGGCUGGCGAAUGCACUGCAAAGCAGAAAAUGAUUCGUUAUGAACACAGAAAGAAUCAAUUAUCUCUGCGAUGAGGGGGAAAUUUUUGUAAUCUUGCAUCAUCGAAGGAAAAAAAAACAUUGUGCGUGGGGAUUCAGUUAUUUAUUGAUGAUUGAAUGAUUUAUUGAAUGAAUCGUGAAUGGUGAUGGCUUUGUGAGUGAAUGCGAUAGGUUUUGAUGAUAUGAUGCCCACUAGAAGUCAAAUCAAUAGACAAUAUUUUCCUUUAUCCACGUAAUUCUGGGCUUGGCUUGAGUAAGGGGUAAUAAAUUCCUCAUUCACAUUUAGGGGAUUUUCUAAAUUAAAUAAGACCCUUUCUUUCCCAAUAUCUUGAGGAUUUAUCGCUCCACCUCAACUCAAUCCCAGAACUUUUAUCUUCAUUAUAAUUACUUCUAAUUGUUCGUCUUAUUUUCUUUUCUAUCGAGUUAUUUUUGAAUGUCUGGGUGAUACUGAAUGCCAAAUGUGGGUUAGAUAAACUGAAUAAUAUAAUUCCAAUUGAUCUUCGUGGAUUAAAUUGACAUACUGGGUAGAUUUUUGAUAAUCCAUUCCUUUGAAAAAAACGAAAAUUGAAAAAACAAUUAUGAAAAACUGGGCCUGCUGUAACGGACCAAAAACCAAAUGCAAUUAAAAAUAAUGAUCAGUCUAUUUUAUCGAUUUUGUUCUGCCCGAGCGAUCGAGCAGUCGAUGGUUCAGUGAAUAAUAAAAUUGAUCAAAAUGA